AUGGCAGGGCUACAGAGAUCAGCAGUCUCAUUCAGAAGGCAAGGAUCAUCAGGUCUGAUCUGGGACGACAGAUUCUUAUCAGGCGAACUGAACCGGUUUCCGGAAGGCAAACCGCCUGCAUCUUCCGACGCCGAUCAGGUUCCGACGACUGGAAAUGAUCAGUCAAAGUUUUCGAAAACCACAAUUCAAUCCAUCAACACCGUUCGCCGGAAUCGAUCUAAUAACGGCGGUGAACGAGCGUCCACGGCGACGGAGCCGUCUUCACCGAGGAUUCCGGUGUGUGGAUUUUGCAGCGCUUUUGGUAAGUCUAACAAAACCCAUACACGAACCGUCUCCCGUAAGCGUAGCUUUGCUUGA